UACAAUUACUCUCCUCCAAUCGGUCGAAAAAUGGCGAAGGCGGUGGUCUACGCUCUUCUCGCCGCCGCUUUCAUCAUCUUUCUUGUCACCUCCCCAGCUUCCCAGAAAGGCCAUGGCCGUGAUCGCUGGCUUGCUGCAAACCGCCGGCUCGGUUCCAAGUAUCCGGCCCCGAAGUUCGACCCGCUCGUGACUGAGAUUGAGCGGAAGAACGAGGAGAAAAGCCCAAGCCACUACGAUGAUGAUCACAGUCUUAUCGGGAACCUCGACGAUCCGUCAAGCAUGUACUUUGACGAUAAUGGGAAGUUGAACAUGACCUUGAGGCUCACGGUGUUGUUCCCUUUCAUCGACAAUGAGCCGAAUGAUGGGCUUAUCAGUUCUAAGGAGUUGGAAAUGUGGUACGUGAAGCAGGCAAAGGAUCUGUUAUUUUAUCGGACGCGGAAGGAGAUGGAUUAUUACGAUAAGGAUGGAGACGGGGAGAUUUCGUUUAGGGAGUAUCUUCCUCAGUUUUCGGAAGAAGACAUUGAGAAAAACAGAAUGGGCCACGGAGAUCCCGGGUGGUGGAAAGAGCAAAUUAACAAUGCCGAUCUUGAUCGUAAUGGGACCCUCUCCUUCUACGAGUUUAUGGACUUCUUGCACCCAGAAGACAGCAACAACAUAGAGAUCCACAGAUGGCUCCUGAGAGAAAAAUUGAAGCGCAUGGACUCGGAUCGUGAUGGGAAACUCAACUUGGAGGAGUUCAUGGACCACGUCUAUGCUUUCUACAAGACUUACGCUGAGUUCGAGAACGGUAGUGCUGGGGACGUACCCCAACCGGAAGAGAAGUUCGCUGAUCUUGAUGUGAACAAAGACAAGGGGUUGGACGUAGAGGAAUUGAUUCCGAUGCUUCCUUAUCUGCAUCCGGGAGAACUUUCUCAUGCUAAAUAUUACAGCAGCUAUCUCAUUCAUGAGGCUGAUGACGAUAAAGAUGGUAAAUUGAGCCUCGGGGAGAUGUUGAACCACGAAAUGCUCUUCUACACCUCCCUCUUGGAUGUCGAUGAAGACGACGACGAUUUCCACGACGAACUCUAAAAAAUUGAUCAUCAGUACUAGGCCAGUUCAUUCCAAGAAAACAAAAUAGAAUUUUGAUUGUCGUCGGUCUCUUCUGAAGAAGAAAUUUUGUAACGAAAAACCUCCAAGUACUAUGCACGUAGUAUAUGUGUAUA